AUGGCAAUUGAGAAGAGCUAUCCUAAGGGUCCUGCUAACGUCCUUUAUGAUGCAUUGUCAUUGUUGCAGAGGUGGUCUUUACUGCUGAAGGCGAUCGACAAGGAAAAAGUGGAUCAGCGGAAGGAACAGCCCCACUCCCUGCUCGCUUCCUCUUCUCCGCUCCCAAACCUUCGCAACCAGCAGCUCUGGACUCCAUCACCUUGCCCUGCGACAACCUCUCGGCUGACGGCGGCGCGCCGGCGCCCGUCGCUCGGACUCCAUCACCCUGCCCUGCGACAACCUCCCAGCGACGGCGGCGCCUGCCUAAAGUUCAUCACGGCGAAGCAAUUUCCGUUCGGCCACAGGCGGCUGACGGCGGCGCCCCAUCAGGCUCGGCGUCCCAAACUCAUAGGCAUUGCUGGCGUCUCCAGAUUCAAUCAUCGAUUCUUUUCUAGCAAAAAAAAAAUACAGGAAUUCUCUGCAGGAGUGGUUUUGGUAAACAAGCAGUGCUGGAAACACCGCUCCAAAGAAUGCAAAAUCAAAAUACAGUCAUCUACUGAAACUAUCCUGAGAAGGCUGAAGGAGAGGAUACUGGCAAGAGUGUUGAUAGAGCCGCACACCUCCUGCGGGAGUGGUUUUGGUAAACAAAUAGUGCUGGAAACACUGCUCCAAAGUCGUUCACCUGAAUCUAUCCUGCAUUUAAAAUUUGGAUGGAAAGCUCCAAGCCAUAUUCUAUCAGCAAAUGAAGAAAAUCAAAGGACCAAUAUCAAAGCAUUUUCUAGACUUGCAGUUUUGGAUGAUUAUUGAUUUUGGACGACAUCCAAACUUCCGUAAAGAGUUAGAUAUGGAAAAACUAAAAGAGUCCAUACAUAAAUGGCCUGGAAUUGAAUACAAUGUUUCAAGGUGCAAAUCGAUUUUUAUACCAAUAACGCAACUAGGUGGUGCCUUCAUUUUGAUCAUAUUGAACCAAGAGACAAAAACAGUAUACAUUUUGGACCCUAAUCCUCCUAAUCCAAUUUACAAGUACAAUCCAAACGCAAAAUAUGUGAAGAUACUUCAAUGCAUUUCUGAAAACCUACAAAAAGCCAUGGCAAAAGCAUGUCCAGAGCCUAAAUGGAAAGAAGAUAUUUUCUUAUGGCGUCAAAUUAUUUUAACUGAUAUUCCCAUUUACAAUAGGGAACUAUCUGGUUAUCUCGUUUCCAUGUUCAUGACUGCAUGGAAAAAUGAAGCACUGGAAAUUACAGAAAUAAAGGAUGCCUACAGUAUCAGAAAGCAUUUUUUGGGACAGCUAUUGACUAUCAACGAAAAUGAAUGUGAAGAUAACUUACCAACUGGAGUUCAAGACCUCAUUAGAUGUAUAAAAUAUACUCAGAUUUAGAGAUAGUCAAAUACCUUCCUUAUAUAUUUAUAAUGUAAACCAUUUAUGUACAAUUAUUACAGCACUUGAAAAGGCUGAGUAUCAGUCCAAAAUAUUUUCUUACCUA